AUGGCCCGUGUUCCAAGAAGUUGUUUCGUGUAUAAACCGUUGCACAAGUAUCGAUAUCUGCCGCGACCCGCUCCAACCGUUCAAGAGUUCGAUUAUGCAGCUAUGCAGAGUGGUCCCGAGCAGUUCGAAGAGCAUCUCGAACAAGCUCCUAAAUUGUGGGUUGCUUGGAUGUAUGCAAAGCCGAAAAAUGAACCGUACUGGAUAAAGCGAGAUCUUGAACGACUGUUUGGGCCUGAUCCGAAGCCUCUGGAGAUGAAAGUGUUCAAAAAUACGCCCUAUUGGAAUGGCAUAUUGUGGAAGGUCAAACAUCUUAUAGAAGUAAAGGCGAUAAACUUCGUCAACGGAGAACCAUCAGCGGAUGAUGUCCCACAUGUGAUGCUACUGCCCAACGGUCAGUGCACCAUUGGCAAGGAGACGAUGUUUCACAACAGGCCGAGGUCAAUGCCGUUGUCUGAGGAUCCAAAACAGCUGGACAGUCUGAGGCAUCCUCUGGGUGCACAACUGAUACUGCAAGCAGAUGACAUUACCUCAUCUGAAUCAGCGGCUUUGUAG